CCGACCCACGUGUGUUUAGUAAGGAGUAAACUUGGGAGCGGUUACGGCUGCCCUCUGAAAUUGUCGCAUCUGGACAUCGCUGGGCCUCGGUGGCCAGGACAUCGCCAUGCCUAAAGGACUGAAAGGAAAAAUGGUAGGACGGGAAAAAAAAGUCAUCCAUCCAUACAGUAGAAAAGCAGCUCAGAUUACAAGAGAGUCUCACAAACAAGAUAAGAAGGAAAGAUUGAAGACUGAGAGGGCCUUGCGUCUCAACCUUAUUGGUGACAAACUUCAGUGGUUUCACAGUCAACUGGAUACCAAAAAAACAAGAUAUUCAAAGAAAGAUGCCUGUGAAUUAAUUGAAAGAUACUUGGAUCGGUUCAGCAGUGAGCUGGAGCAGAUUGAGUUACACAACAGCAUCAAGGACAGGCAGGGAAGGCGGCACCAUUCCCGCGAGGCCGUCAUCAAGCAGACUAUGGAGCGGGAGCGGCAGCAGUAUGAAGGCUAUGGCUUUGAGAUCCCAGACAUUUUAGACUCUAAUACUCUGCAGAUUUUCCGCACUACACUCAUCUUUUCUAGGGAAUGGGAUUUUGAUCUGAAGAAGUUGCCAAACAUCAAAAUGAGGAGGCUUUGUGCUAAUGAUGCAGUUCCUAAGAAGCGGAAACAGAAAAACAUUUUAGAUAUAGAAAAGGACUUAGGAGAAUUAGAACUAACAGGAGACAUUGGAGACGCUACAGAUGGGAAAGUAGAACCAGCAAGUGAAUCAAGUGACACAGAUGAAGAAAUGACUCCAGUGCCUGCCAGUCCUCACUGAAAUACGUGAGACCCUCCUCACGUCCUGCUCGCUGACUGUGGCACAUAGUCAUUUACGUGGGCUGCUGAGAUGGCUCAGCAGGAGGGGGCUUGCAGCCAAGCCUGACUGCUGAAGUUUGGUUCCAAGGAUCCAUGGGUUAAAGAGAGCAGAUGCUACAAGUUUUCUUCUAAUGUCCACAUGUUCACCAUGGGAAGUGCGCAUAUGCACGCACACAAGUAAAAUUUAUUUUACUAAUUAUCUAUGUAAGAAUUUGCUAUUGAACUCAUUCUCAAAUAAGUAUUUGCAGUUUCAGAAUAGGUUUAUGGUUUUUAUUUAAGAAUUCUCUUUAAAUUGCUUUUAAAAUACAGAGAUUGUAUUCAUCUGCUUUUCAUUAUAGCUAAAUACCCAAUACUGGGAACUUAGCCGAGAGUCUAAAUAAUAACCCAGUGCAGUUCUGCUGAGGCUUCUCUGUCUACAUCACAUCAUGGCCGACAUCGUCGGAAUGGAAACAUAUCGGAGGAGGAUGCAGCAGCAAGAUAGGAAGGAAGGUCCAUAUGUUGCCCUAAAGUCCUCUCAACUGUGAAUAUCAGCACAUGGGAGGGGAGCAGUUUUCUAAUACAGAAACUCGAGCCAGGGUCAGAGUUAAAGCCUAUUGAAAACAGCAGUGAUCUUCAAUGGCUUUUUAACCUGAAUUUUGUAGAAAGGGGAAGUGAAAAAAAAUAGGGAUAAUGAAGAUAGCCUGGUCAGUGAAGUGCUACAGAGUGCCCAACUGAGUUUUUCCCCAACACCCAUAGUAAGUAAGGGGCUGUUGCCGCGUGCCCAUCAUCCCAGUGCUGUGCAAGGGAGGGUGGGGAGAGAAGGUGAACAGUGCUGGCUCAAGAGUCCCUUUGAGCUAACGAGGUGCUCUGCAAACCUGUAGCCACCACCUGCCCUAGAGGCCAGACACCGCCUGAGGAGUUCGCUGACGGCCCUCAAUCUUGGGUGGCAUUUUAACUCUGUGCCAUUGUAUAUUGGAAGUCACUUGGUUUUUGAUUUUACAGAGAAUCACACCUAAAUAUGGCUUCAUUCUUAGAAGAAACUUUGGAUUUUUGAACAGUGUUGGGACUAUUCAGGGUCCAUGGAGACUAUCUAGAGAACCAUGGUGUUUUAACUAAAUUCAGUUUGGGGUGGCCAAAGGCAGGAUGUUGUGAUUUGAAUUUUAAAUGUUCCCCACAGGCUCAUGCUUUGAGCCCUCAGUCUCCACCUUCUGGUAUUGUGCUAAAGGUUGUGGAGCAUUUUUUGAAGUGGGGCCUGCCUGUCCCUAGGGGCAGGUCUUUGAACAUGGUACCUACCCUGGGUCCAGUCAAGUCUGUCACCAGACAAGAAGCCCUUGACAAGUUGCUGCAGGAACUGUGACAAACAGAGGUCCUUCUGAAACAGAGUCAGAAUAUACUUUUCUUUUAGUUUUCCCCCAGUUAAGAAUUUGGAUUAUAACAGCACAGAAGUAAGUAAUACAUCCUUCAGGUAUCAGUUCAGGAAGCACACUUGGGUGAUUCUUUAGUGUAUUCCCAGCAGCAGAUCUUUGUUGGAGAGUACCAGUCAAAAAACUGUUGCCUUGUGCACAUUUCGGAAGUCAUGCAUAUUGAUCUUACUGUUUCCCAACUGAGUUCUUUCCCUAACCUUAAGAUAAUUAUUGUAUUACUUUUUCAAAGUUUGUAACUUCAUCAUUUCUAGCUUGCUGAGUACUCAGCAAGUGGAUCUGUAUAUUAAACA